AUGUCUACCGAAUUGGAGUCUCUUAUCCAACGCAUUCAAAAUUACAAACCUCAUCUUCUUCAACAUUUUCCUGCAAAAUCUUCAGCUGUCUUGGUUUGUCUAUACCAAGAACACAAAGAAGAAACCAAAACCGAGCUACGAGUAAUCUUAACCAAACGCUCCUCUAAUCUCUCUUCUCACCCUGGGAAAGUAGCAUUGCCUGGUGGCAAGAGAGACGAAGAAGAUUCAGAUGAUGUAGCCACAGCGUUGAGAGAAGCUCGUGAAGAAAUCGGUUUAGAUCCUUCUCUUGUUACAAUCGUUUCUGUUCUUGAACCAUUUGUUACCAAGAAGAAAAUGUCGGUUGUACCGGUUAUCGGUUUCUUGCCCGACAAGAAAGCAUUUAAACCGUUUCAAAAUCCAGCUGAAGUAGAAGAAAUCUUUGAUGCUCCGUUAGAGAUGUUCCUCAAGGACAAGAACAGGCGAGCAGAAGAACGAGAGCAUGAAGGAGAAAGAUAUCUUCUUCAUUACUUCGAUUACUGUUGUGAAGAUAAAGAGAGAAACUUUAUCAUAUGGGCACUCACUGCUGGUAUUCUGAUCAGAGUUGCCUCCAUUGUUUAUCAGAGAUCUCCAGAGUUUCAAGAACUCAAGCCAAGAUUCUGGAAUCAACCCAAACUGGUUCUUGACUUGGAUAUGAUUGAUAACAUGAAUGGAGAAGAAACUUAG